UACAAGCGCACAUGAAUUUAACGAAAUGCUGUGCAUGGAUAAAUAAUUUUAAUACUGCAAUAUUCAAUAAUAAAAAAAAGGUGAAUUGGAUUUCAUUUUGACUUUAAGGAACAAUAAUUCUGUCUUGCUUCUAACAUAUAGUGUUUCUGAGACUGAUUAAACACAAUGUGUGUAGGAACUAAACUAGAAACUUAGCAGCAGUGAGGCUCUUCAGGACCAGGAAUGAGGAAACUGCUUUACAGACACACCUGUUUUACACACGUCACUCAAACACAGAACCAGGAAACAGGACUCACAUGAGUUCAGAGAAAGAGAAACUGAAGUGUAGUUGAGCUGUUGUGUGUUUCUGUCUCUGUAUUCAUGCUGUAAAAUGGCAGAAGCCAGAAUAUCUCAAGACGAGUUCAUGUGUUCAGUGUGUCUGGAUCUCCUGAAGGAUCCAGUGACCAUCCACUGUGGACACAGUUACUGUAAGAUCUGUAUUACAGGCUGCUGGGAUCAGGAGGAUCAGAAGAGAGUCUACAGCUGUCCUCAGUGCAGACAGACCUUCAGACCAAGACCUGCUUUAGGUAAAAACACCAUUCUGGCUGAAAUGGUGGAGAAACUGAAGAAGACUAAACUUCCUGCUGACUGUUACGCUGGAGCUGGAGACGUGCAGUGUGACGUCUGUACUGGAAGAAAACACAAAGCCGUCAAGUCCUGUCUGGUGUGUCUGAACUCUUACUGUCAGAUUCACCUUGAACAACAUGAGAGUUGGUUUAAAGGAAAGAGACACAAUCUGACUGAAGCCACUGGACGACUGCAGGAGAUGAUCUGCCCGAAACACGACAAGAUCCUUGAGGUUUUCUGCCGCACUGACCAGAAGUGUAUAUGUCUGCUGUGUACGAUGGAUGAACAUAAAAACCACAACACUGUAUCAGCUGCAGCACAGAGGACAGAGAAACAGCACCAGCUGAAGGAGACGCAGAGGUCGUUCCAGCAGAGGAUCCAGCAGAGAGAGAAAGAUCUUCAGCAGCUGAGAGAGGCUGUGGAGUCUCAUAAGCGCUCUGCACAGACAGCAGUGGAGGACAGUGAGAGGAUCUUCACUAAGCUCAUCCGCUCCAUUGAGAGAAGCCGCUCUGAGGCCACACAGCGGAUCAGAGAUCAGGAAAAGACUGCAGUGAGUCGAGCUGAAGGACGACUGGAGCGACUGGAGCAGGAGAUCAAUGAUCUGAGGAGGAGAGACGCUGAGCUGGAGCAGCUUUCACACACACAGGAUCACAUCCAUUUCCUGCAGAGUUUCCAGUCUCUCUCAGCUCCUCCUAAAUCUACAGAUGUAAAUGACGAUCCCUUCAGUUCUCUCUCCUCUUUUGAUGUUGUGAGAGAAUCUGUCCGUCAGCUGAGAGACAAACUGGAGGAUUUCUGCAAAGAGGAGCUGAAGAAGAUCUCUGACAGAGAAACCGCGAUCAUGCAAAGAUCCAGCAGCAGGAGACUCCGGCCAGCGGCUAGCACCCGGGGAAGUCAGAGCGGUCCCCAGGAUCUGACUAAACUUCUCCAGAGAGGUAUGGAGGUGCGGGCAUUCACCCAGAAGUUCUGGUCACGGGCGGAGAGGUUUAGUCUCCCUGAUGCGGUCCUCAAGGACACAUUUAAUAACUGCUUAGAUGACCCUCUGCCGCAGUGGGAGAUGGAGCUGGUGAAGGGGUUAAAUUUCUGGAAUUUCUCUAAUUACCUGCAUCUGCGUAAGAAUGGGCAGAUUCGGUUACCUCCAGCACCUGCUUCAGCCAGUGAGUCCGCUCCAGCCCGUCAGUCCGCUCAAGUCUGUGAAUCCGCUCAAGUCUGUGAAUCCGCUCCAGCCAGUGAGCCCGCUCCAGCCCGUGAGCCCGCUCCAAAGCCCACAGAGGAGGUGGGUACAGAGUCACCGCCUCACUCACGUAAAAGGAGGAGGAGAAGGAAGGCUUCCUUCAUUCUUCCAGGCCCGGAGGCCUUUUCAGAGUCUGCUCCAGCCCCGCAUGCGCUUCCUGUCAGCCCCGUCAUGGCCAGAAGGACUGUUCUUACGUUCUAUGUUCUGGCUGUCUUGCGGGCCUGGAGGAUACAUUCCAGUUCCUUUGAUCGUGGACCAGUCUGCCAGCCCGCUGCCGUCCCGGAGCAGCCCGAGCCCGCUGCCGUCCCGGAGCAGCCCGAGCCCGCUGCAGUCCCGGGGCAGCCCGAGCCCGCUGCCGUCCCGGAGCAGCCCGAGCCCGCUGCCGUCCCGGAGCAGCCCGAGCCCGCUGCCGUCCCGGAGCAGCCCGAGCCCGCUGCCGUCCCGGAGCAGUCCGAGCCCGAGCCCGCUGCCGUCCCGGAGCAGCCCGAGCCCGCUGCCGUCCCGGAGCAGUCCGAGCCCGAGCCCGCUGCCGUCCCGGAGCAGUCCGAGCCCGCUGCCGUCCCGGAGCAGCCCGAGCCCGCUGCCGUCCCGGAGCAGUCCGAGCCCGAGCCCGCUGCCGUCCCGGAGCAGUCCGAGCCCGCUGCCGUCCCGGAGCAGCCCGAGCCCGCUGCCGUCCCGGAGCAGCCCGCUCUCCUUGUCAGUCCUGUUAUGGCCAAGAGGGCUAUCUUCACUUUUUAUGUUCUGGCUGUCCUGCGUGCGUGGAGGAUGCACCCGAACUUUAUUGACUUUGGAACAGUCUACCAGCCCGAGCCCGCUGCUGUCCCAGAGCAGUCCGCUGUUGUCCCAGAGCAGUCCGCUGUUGUCCCAGAGCAGCCCGCUGUUGUCCCAGAGCAGCCCGCUGUUGUCCCAGAGCAGCCCGCUCUUCCUGAUACAGUCACUGAGGCCGUCACCAAGCAGCUAACUCUCCAUGAUACGGCCUCGGAGCCUGUCAAUGAGCAGCCCGUUCUUCCAUACCUGGUCUCUGAGCUCCCUUGGUCUGCCCUGCCGCCGCCGCCGCCCAGGCCAUCAGUCCUGCUGAAGCCCACCUGGUCAGUUCCUCCAGCACCGCCCUGGCAUUCAGCCAGGACUCCAGACCUGCUGGAACCCGCCUGGUCAGUUCCUCCAGCACCGCCCUGGCAUUCAGCCAGGACUCCAGACCUGCUGGAACCCACCUGGUCAGUUCCUCCGGCUCCCCCCUGGCCUUCGGUCGGGGACUCUGGACCUGGCCCACCAUCCCUCCCCCUGGUCCUCCUCCAGUCCACCUCCCUCCUGAGAAUUUUGUUUUUUGUUUUGUCUGGUGGAGCGUCUGGUAGCCGCUCCUUUGAGGGGGGGUACUGUCAUGAUUACUAGUGAGAGUGCCCUAAUCGGCCACUAGAGGGCACUCCAACCCGGACUCUUGUUUCACCCCUUGGACUUCAUUUCCCAUAACACACUUCCCGGACUCAUUAUCCUGUCAUUGCAACCAGCUGUUUUGUGUUUGCUCAUCAGUGUCUGUCUAUUUAUACUUGGUUUGUUUUUGCUUUUGUUAUCGCGGUUUAAUUUCAUGUCACCGGCUUCCGUUUGUGUUUUGCUUUCUUUGUAUGGACUGUUCUGUGGACUUUGACCCUCGCCUGCCUGGAUUAUGUUUAUUGGAUUACCCCAUUAAAGCUGCACGUGGAUCUUACCUUCUUGUCUCUGUGCUUACGUGACAGAUUGCAGUAUUGUUGGCUGUCAGUUGAAGCUUCAGCUCUCAAAGUGUCUGUUUGAGGUGGAUUCUGUCUUCCGUCCUCAGAGCUGAUCUGGUGACUGAUCUCAUUCUCAUUGAGUCCUCCAUCUACCUGUUGCUGAACGACAAACACAAAGGUUUCCAACAGCAGCAGUAUACAUACUAAAGCCUUCAUUCUUCACUGAUGUUUGUCUCCAGCUCUUGCUCUGUCAUCCCCACAGCCUCUCAUGUUCCUUUUAUAGUAUCCUGAUUUACUGUCUUUUCUACAUGAUUUAUAUUACUCCAGAUAAUAAAAGUAAUUAAAGCUGAUUGUGAAUCAUAAACAAAGGGAUGUUCCAGGCUCAGUAGAAGUUUAUCUCUUUAUCUGAUUCCUCUCUCAGUGGUCGGUAACCUUAUAGCACAUGAAGGGAAAAUCACAGAAACCUCUGGUCACGUGAAUGGAUUGUCUGAUCUGCACGCUAGUGCCGGGGUGAUUCCAGGAUUAGAAAACAUUAAGCACGAUUUUCCAAAAUCUUGUGCAAUGCCCUUGUGUGUACUAAUGCAAUUAGUACACACGACAAAUGCAUAGACUGCCAUCUUAGAAUUGCCUUAAUGUAGUAUUUAUUGCUUCCGAAUGUUGUUUUAGAAUAUUGCAUGUUGGAAUUCCAGUGAGUGAAAGAGUCAUGUCUAUUCUCAGAACAAACAUAAAACAAACACAACAGAACUACUGUAUAUAAAAGCUAUUCACAUCUUUAAAUUAAAGGAUUUAUACUCUAAUUUGAUAUACUACUCCACAUUCAGAUGGUACUCAACCAGAAUGCGUUUUUUGUCACUGCGGGUACCGUCGCGGUUUGCGGUGCGGCGAUUUAAAAAUCACUUUCACAUAACUACAUGUAGAAAAUGUAAGCAUUCGUGUAAGAAUUUGCGGUUUAGAAUGAAUUCAAACAGUACAGUAAAUGUCAAAAUUGUGUUUAUUUUUUCAUGGACUGCGCUUUAAGUAAGACAUAAUUGACAACGGGCCGUUGAAUUCUUGCAACCCCACCGUGAAGCUACUGAACUCUCCCCAACCCCCAUAUCUGAGCAUCUGAGACUGACUAAUAAAAAGAAUUGCAAAAGAUCAAUUCAGACUUAAAUUGCUAUUCUAUUAACCUAAUAUUUUAAAGUGUAUAGAUAAUGAAGGAAUUGGCCUAAAUCAUUUACAUGUCAUAGUAUU